CUUUGAACACCGCCACAUAAGUUAAAUAUCCUUGCUAUGUGUGUAAAGACAUCGCCUAGCUCUAGUUAAAACAGAUAUUUCAUAACCACAAUACGUCUUUUGGUGUUACAGAGGAACAACAUGGCGGAUGGAGGCAAUUAUUCUUUUCAAUGUUUAUGUGAACGACGCGAUACCUUCAAACUUAGACGCUACCUUAGCAGUGAAAACAAGCUGAUCGGAUUGUUUUGUACGGAAUGUAACACGGAAAACCUCACACGUGAAUAUUUAGUAGGCAGCGAUGUUGAUGCAGAUGAAGAAAGCAGCAGUGAAAAACUAAAAAUGCUUCCCCGACCUGUUCCGACUUUGAGCGAAAACUCAGCGUUUCAAGUUCAAAGUUCGAAAACAAAAAUAGACCUGAAAUAUUUCGCUGAUAUCCUGAAACCAGGAGACCAUAUAUCCUGGCACAGACCUUAUUUUGCAUGGCAUCAUGCCAUUGUCGAAGAAGUUGCUGCCGAAAAAAACGAACUAACAUUAAUUCACUGGAACAAGAAGGAUGACAAUAUCAAAAUUUUACGCAGUCCUUUCCCAGUGGAAGCCAGCGAAGAAAGACUUUUCAAUCAGAUGUACCGCAUUGAUUAUCGGGAGGAAAUAACAAAGACGAACGAUCCGGAACUGGUCUUGGCAAGAGCUCGGUCUAGACUAGAUGAUACGGGGUAUUCUCUCUUUACCGACAACUGUGAAUCCUUUGCAACCUACUGCAAAACAGGCGUGGAGAAGUCGCAUCAACUAGCAUGGCUUAAAGGAAAAUUAAAAGAGAUAGCUGGGCAAAAUAUAGGUACAAGUGUCAGGUCAACUAUAACUGGAACGUGCAGAAUAGUUCAAAAAACAGUUUCUGUUGCGAAGCAAACACUACCAGCUACAAUGCAGGAUGCAACUAUGGCGGCUGGAAAAAUCAUUCCAGCAGAAGGAAUUGAACGUGCUGUCAAGGGAAGUAACCUGGUUGGAGCUGGCAUUGUCAUAGUCCUAGAAGCGGGGUUCGUCACUUGGGAUUUGUAUAAUGCGUAUGAAGAAAGAAAAAAAGGGAACACAUCAAGGAAUGAUUUUAUCGAAACAGCUAUCCAACGAGUAGUGGAAGGUGUGUUGAGUGCUGGAGUAACUAUACUGUUCUCGCUUGGUCCGGAAUUAAUUGGUAUGGCUGUUGGAUCACCGCUUGGUCCAGUGGGUAUCAUUGUCGGUGGAGUUAUAGGCGGGAUCGUAGGCGGAGUGGUAGGUAAAUUUGUCGGAACUGCUCUUGGCAGUGUGAUUGGGAAGGCGAUUUCCUCUUCAUUCAAAGCCGAUGAUAGAGCAGUGACUAACAUAUGUGACUUAAAGUGUGGCGACCAUAUAGUUGUAUACGAAUGGUUACUUCAUCCGCGCUGUCAUGCCAUAGUCAUGGAACAAAAUGGGAUCGACAAAAUCAAAGUAAUUCGCAACACAUACCAGGCCGGUGUUGUGGAGGAGUGGAUACCGUUCUCCAUUCCAAUGUUCAAGGUGGAUUACCGAGAAGGAACGUGUAAAGACCCAGAAAAAGUCGUGGAAAUGGCCAGGUCGAGACUCGGGGAAAAGCGAUAUAGUCUGGCUACCUACAACUGCAAAACCUUUGCCAGACAAUGUAAAUCUAAUCUAUAUGUAGAACCAGAAGAGGAGCCAUGGCAAAUGAUAAAUUAUGAAGACCUGCCAGAAGAGGCUCUGCAGCAGCCAUGCGGUUCCAAAUUUGUCGACUCUGAAUAAGACUGUUUGAUGUGACACAUUCCUUGUAGCAACAUGAAAAGCUGUUGUGUUGAUUUGAUGUUUUCGUAUGUCGAAACGUUGCUGUUACAAUUGUGUAUAUAUAUGAAGCUCGAUGUACGAAUUUCAGUUUGAUUCCUUUACAAAUACUGUGUGGUUGAAAUAAUGAUAUCAUUAUUGUUUUUUAAGACAAAAUUGCUAACACCAUAUGCAAAUAUAUAUUACACAAGUGGUUUAAGUGCUCAACAAAUGUUCUUAUUUUUAAUGUAUUUUGAUGUACAUUGUUUAUAUUGAAAAUGAACGUAUAACGUAUGUCUUCCUGUUGGUAAGUAAAAAAUUAUGUGUCCGCAUGUUGAGAGCAGUGACGAACGUAAGCAUGACGAGAUUGAAUAUACUGAGAACGACGUUAAAGUGAAAUAUGAGAUUGGAAAUAAAAGAUGAUGUAUAAUAGAACGAGU